AUGUACAGGCAGGAGAAAAAGUCAGAAGAACCACAGACGAAAAAGAAGAGGUCAGAUCUGGAAGGACUAGGCAGAGGGGUAAGCAAGCACCAGCGGAGCUUGGGGCUGGGGUUGGGGCAGGAAGUUGGGGGCUGGAAAGCUGUGCUCCGUUGUGGGGGGGGGGCCAGAAGAAGCCUAACCCCGUGGGCGGGGGUGCGGGGCGGGACUUCCUGUCGGAGGCGUUACCAGCCUGACCCUCCUCUCUCUCCGGAAGAGGCCAGAGUUGGAUCCGGCUGGUAUCCUAGCGAGCCUCAAACCCUUCACACCGAGGUGAGACCUUCCUUCCUGCGAUCCCGCACCAGCCCUUGGGCGGGGUCGUCGGGCGCUGCGGACGCGGGCGGCUCUCCGGAGUGGUUUGGAGUGGGUGGGCUCGCCCCUGAUCCCGUGCUGUCCGCAGUCUCGCUGCUGGGGACAGGUGGCAGGAAGGUGGCAUGGCUCCCACCGCAGGGAAGGUGGAAUGUCAUUCAGACUCAGGACUCAGUUGUUGCCUACUCAGGUGACUUGCAUAUUUAUAUCUGCAGGCCAUAUGUCUCCUCUGAGGAAUGCAUGGAUUAUGCAGUAACCCUAGCAAGACAAGCUGGAGAGAUGGCUCGUGAAGCCCUAAAAAACGAAAUGAAUAUUAUGAUCAAAAGUUCUCCAGUUGACUUGGUAACUGCUACUGACCAAAAAGUUGAAAAAAUGCUUAUCUCUUCCAUAAAGGAAAAGUAUCCAUCUCACAGUUUCAUUGGCGAGGAAUCUGUGGCAGCUGGGGAAAAAAGUAUUUUAACUGACAGCCCUACGUGGAUCAUUGACCCUAUUGAUGGAACAACUAACUUUGUACAUGGAUUUCCUUUUGUAGCUGUUUCAAUUGGCUUUGUUGUAAAUAAAAAGAUGGAAUUUGGAAUUGUAUACAGUUGCAUAGAGGAUAAGAUGUAUACUGGCCGGAAAGGAAAAGGUGCCUUUUGUAAUGGUCAAAAACUGCAGGUUUCACACCAAGAAGAUGUUACCAGAUCACUUUUGUUGACAGAGUUAGGCUCUUCCAGAACACCAGAGACUGUGAGAAUUAUUCUUUCUAAUAUGGAAAGGCUUCUUUGCCUUCCCAUCCAUGGGAUCCGAGGUGUUGGAACAGCAGCUCUUAAUAUGUGCCUUGUGGCAGCUGGAGUUGCAGAUGCAUAUUAUGAAAUGGGAAUUCACUGCUGGGAUGUAGCAGGUGCUGGUGUUAUUGUGACUGAAGCUGGUGGAGUACUCUUGGAUGUAACAGGUGGACCAUUUGAUUUGAUGUCACGAAGAAUAAUUGCUUCAAGCAAUAAGACAUUAGGAGAAAGGAUAGCCAAAGAAAUUCAGAUAAUACCUCUUCAAAGAGAUGAUGAAGAUUAA